GAAACUCGUUAUGCUAUGAGACAUGCGCAGUGCCCUCGGAGAAGACCUCGUGGUGUUGCAGAAGCAUUUGCGAUGUUGGUGUUGUUCGAAACACCCGCUGGUUAUGCGAUAUUCAAGCUUCUAGAUGAAAAGAAGCUGCAAGAAGUGGAAAACUUAUACAAAGAUUUUCAAACACCAGAGCAAGCAAGCAAAGUGGUUAAACUGAAAAAUUUUCACAAGUUUGAAGACACAACAGAAGCACUUGCAGCAUGUACAGCAGCAGUAGAGGGCAAGAUGAACAAGAGUCUGAAGAAAUUGCUGAAAAAAGUUGUGGCUAAAGAAGCGCAUGAACAGUUAUUAGUUGCAGAUGCUAAACUUGGAAAUGUUAUCAAGGAUAAAUUUGAUCUUACGUGUGUCACAAGUUCAGCAGUUCAUGAAUUGAUGCGGGGCAUAAGGUCCCAGAUGACCAGCUUGACCUCCAUUCCAGAGAGCGACAUGUCUGCUAUGGCAUUGGGAUUGGCACAUAGCCUUUCGAGAUACAAGUUGAAAUUCAGUCCAGACAAAGUUGACACCAUGAUUGUUCAAGCCAUUUCUUUGCUAGAUGAUUUAGACAAAGAAUUAAACAACUACAUCAUGAGGGCAAGAGAGUGGUAUGGAUGGCAUUUUCCAGAAUUAAGCAAAAUAAUCACAGAUAACUUAGCCUAUGCCAAAGUUGUGAAGGCAUUAGGUGAUAGAACCAAUGCUGCUACCACAGACCUCUCAGCCAUAUUGCCUGAGGAAGUGGAACAAGAACUGAAGGAAGCUGCUGAAGUAUCCAUGGGAACAGAAGUGUCCGAGGAAGAUUUAAUAAAUGUCACAUACCUUUGUGACCAGGUAAUAGAAAUCACAGAAUACAGAGCCCAAUUGUAUGAUUAUCUGAAAAACAGGAUGAUGGCAAUAGCACCUAAUUUGACAGUCUUGGUAGGAGAAUUAGUUGGAGCUAGAUUAAUUGCUCAUGCAGGUUCACUUGUAAAUCUAGCAAAACAUCCAUCUUCAACGGUACAAAUCCUGGGAGCAGAAAAGGCUUUGUUUAGAGCAUUAAAAACUAAGCAUGACACUCCAAAAUAUGGACUAAUUUAUCAUGCUUCACUUGUCGGACAGGCCAAUGUUAAGAAUAAAGGCAAGAUUUCCCGAAUGUUAGCUGCUAAAGCUGCUCUUGCAAUCAGGGUAGAUGCAUUGGGAGAGGAUACCACCAAUGAAAUGGGCAUAGAACACCGUGCAAACCUAGAAAGUAGGAUGAGACAAAUGGAAGAAGGAGGGUCUAGAAGAAUAAGUGGCACUGGUAAACAGAUGGCGAAAUGGGAAAAAUAUGAAAAUAAAAGUCAAGUCAAAACUUAUGAUGCUGGGGCUGAUUCCACUCUUCCCACUACUCCAAAGAAAAGAAAGUUGGACGAAGCUGAAGCUGGUGAAGACGUUAAGUCCAAGAAAGUAAAAGUAGAACAGAAUGGUGAAGCAGAAUCUUCAGAAAAGAUAAAGAAGAAAAAGAAAAAGAAGGACAAAGAAAAAGGUGCUGCUGGAGAUGCAGAAACUUCUAUAAUGGAUACCACAACAGAAUCUAUUGGUGCUGGUGACGAAGGUUCGUCCAAGAAAAAGAAAAAGAAGAAAAAGAUGAAAGUGGAGCAGGACAGUGAUUGAUAUGAAAAAAAUACAGUACUUGAUAUAUUUUAUUGCCCAUGGAAUGCACUUAUGAGACAUUCAACUUGUGGAAUUGACUCUUUCCAUGGAUUGAGGGAGCAAGACUGACAAGUUAUGGUUAUUGUGAUUAUAAGAUUGUAACACGUUUUCAUAUUUUGUAUGAAAGGAAUUCAAUUGAUUUAUGCUUACAUUGCCUAAAUCUGUAAUGCAGCUAUGUAGUGAUGAAGACAAAAGUUAUUGCUCAUAAAAGAAAUGAUGGGCAUUUUAACAUUUUUUUUUCUGUGGAUAAAAUAUUGUUGGGGAAAAAAGAUAAAGUGGAAGCUGUCUCCUAUUUUGAUGGCUCCAUAUUGCAAUAAAGGCUAUUUUAGUAAA